GGCUUCCUCGCCCAUUUCCUGACUCUAGCUGAUGAAAUCAGGGAGCAGGUGCCUGGUGUCCACGUUACUGGGUUCAUUGGGCAAACAGGAAGUUUUGAGGUUUCAAUUAAUAACAAACUGGUUUUCUCGAAGCUGGAAUCGAAUGGGUUUCCUUAUCAUAAAGAUAUCAUUGAAGCAGUAAAAUUAGCAAAACAAGGGGCGACUGUGGAGAAAAUAACUUGCGAGGAGCAGACACGGACUGAGAAGCGAAGCUGUGUCAUAAUAUAGUGGAAACCAAAUGCUGAUUAAACCCCUGAUAUAAUCUGACAGCUUUCAGACAGUGAAGCACCAAUCUGUUCAUGACUGUUUUCCCCAAAACUUGUCGGUGAAAACAUGAUGAAGCAUCAGGUGUGCUUUCCUCGUUUGGAAUCUGUUAGUUUUUCAGGUGUCGGUCUUUUACAGAGAGAAAAACUGGUUUAAUAUCAUCACAAUUAAAUUGUAUUUGUCUAAUCAUUCUCAUCCUGUUCUCAUGUUAAGCAGCAAAUUAAAUGAUUCAAUGUCUUAUUAAGAUCACUCAGAGUUAGCAGCCAGGCCACUCAGCCCAACUGACACCUGGGCUCCACCUCCACCAUCAGGAACCGCUUCGAGCUCAGUGCUGAGGUCAAUCUGUCGAGUUGCACUUGUUUGUAAAGCUGAUGUCACAAGUUUAUAACAUCAAAGGCUGACAAUGUAAAACCUUCCUGAAUGGGAGCAUGGCCUGUCUGCUGGCACUUGAGAGACCACAUUAUGAAUGUGAGCUGAGUGGCCCAUCUUUCACAUUAUUCCCUGCGGAGUACCGUGUAUGUGGGCUGUUAAAUAAUCCCAAAAUAAAAGCCAGAACUUGCUGGAGAACCUGAGCAGGUCUGGCAGCAUCUGUGGAGAGAGAAAGUUUAAUGGUUUAAGUCCAAUUGAAGAAUCCUAUCUACCUGUAAAAUUGAUAGAGGGAGGAGCACUCGCUAUUUCAGAUGUAAUUAGAUGUGCUCCUUGUGAUGCUCAGACUUUAGUCAAAGAACAACUCCCAAUGACUGAAACCCAAUGGGGCCAAAGAUCCUUUUUCUCUGCUGUAGACUUCUGAAUAUCAGACUCUGUCCACAGAUAGUGUCAGACCCUCUUGAAUGUCUCCAACACUUUGUUUCAGAAUUUUCGUAUCUGCACUAUUUUGUGUUUAAUUGGCAUCAUAAAUAUUUGAUAAUGUCCAGCAACAGAGACAGAAUCUAUUACUUUUUUUUAACUUCUGAUUAGUUUUGCUUUCAUUUCUGGACGGAAGACGCCACAAUUAAAUAAAUAUUAUUUUCACUCCAAA